GAAAGGAAGGAUAAAAAAGAAGAAUCAGGAAAGAGAAAGAAAAGGGGAAAGGAAAGGAAAAGAAAAAAAGAAAGGAAGGAGAAUAAGAUAAAGGAAGAGGGAGAAAGAUGGCUGGAUUUUUUUUUAGUUUCUCUAGCAAGAAACAACACCAACAAGGGGAAAAGAAGGAUUUUGGUUUAGGAUACUAGAAAUUAAAAAGAGAAAAGGGAGAAAAAAAGGUGAAUAGUAGCAGAACAGAGGUUGAGCAGGGGCAAUAGUUUUGUCUUCCGUCCAGUUUUGCAGGUGAUGUAAGAUAGAUGUUGAGUAUCAACUUAAUAGUUUUAGAUGUUCCGACUGGCUAGACUCCAUGGUCCUGUAAAGCAAGGGAAGAAUGAUUUUUCAAUAGGGAUAAGGGUGUUACAAAAAUCUAGCUUCAAACGCAUUUUUCUGUUCAGUACUUUUCAUUGCUCAGCUUUGCCAGCAACCUCUAACUAGAUACAUAUAUGGCGGAUUCCCAAGCUUUGCCCGAAACCCAAUUAGCGUCUGAGAUCAAUGAUCAGCCCGAACGGAAAGACAUAAUCACUUUCAUGGAUGCUAAAUGGUACAAUUCUGCAGCAGAAGGCCAAAUCAACCUGUUCAAACAUUACACAGGCCCUCUAGAUCUUUUGCGUACCCCGAACAAAAAUACAGUCCUACAUGUUUAUAUCACAGCUGUACAAAAUGAAACGGAAGAAUCCAUUGAAUUUGUGAAACUAGUUAUCAGCAAAUGUCCAUCACUCCUAGCUGAACCAAAUAUCAGAGGCGAAACUCCGCUGCACAUUGCAGCAAGGUUCGGGCACAACAAUAUAGUCGAAUUUCUUAUUCAUAGCAUCAAGAAGGCUCAAUACGAAGACCUUGAGAGAGGCGCAGAGGUAUCAACAAGUGAUAAGAUGCUGAAGAAGACAAGCACAGAUGAAGACUCAGCCUUACAUGAGGCUGUGAGAAAUAAUCAUCCUCAAGUGGUGGAAAUAUUGAUUAGAGAAAAUCCUGAAUUUGCGAACAUAACUAAUGCCGCCGGAGAAAGCCCGCUUUACCUUGCAGCGGUGAGAGAGAGCAAUAGCACUGCUUCUAAGAUAUUGGAGAUAUGUCUCUCACCGGCAUACACCGGGCCCAAAGCUAGAACAGCUUUGCACGAAGCCGUGAUUAGUGGAGAUGCCGAUUUGACAAGAAAAAUACUCGAUAAAAACAGCAGUCUGACCAGAGACCAAGACAAAGAAGGAUGGACUCCGCUGCAUUAUGCUUCCUACUUCAAUCUUCUUCCAAUUGUGGAAAUGUUGCUGGAAGAUGAUAAUAAAUCUGCUGCCUAUAUUGGCGACAAUUAUGGAAAGACACCUCUUCAUCUUGCGAUUCUCAAUGGCAAUAGCCAUUUAAAGGUGGUGGAAAAAAUUAUGUCAGUCUGCCCAGAUUGUUGCGACCUGACUGACAAUAGAGGCCGGAAUGUUCUCCAUUUUGCUGUGGAAAGCGGCAGUUUUAAAGGAAUGCGACUUAUUACUGAAAAACCUUCCCUGGCCAACCUAAUCAAUCAGAAAGAUGAAAAAGGGAACACUCCAGUCCAUCUAGUGGCUGCUUUUGGCUUUGAAGAUUGUUGUCUUACAGAACACCACCUAGUAGAUAAAAAGGCCGUCAAUAAUAAGAAUUUAACCGCUCUGGACGUGGUGCUAGAAACGAAGCAUAAAAGCAAAUUGCCAUUACCGGGAUUGACAGCAAGAUUCUUAAAGAACGCUGGAUAUAAACGAGGUCGGCCUGUAAUCCAGCUGAAAUCACCUGAUAGCAAGUCAAUAGUUGACAAUGAGUUAAUCCGUGUAUUCAAGGAAACAAGUAAAUCCCAUCAGAUAGUAGCCACUCUCAUAGCAACAGUAACUUUUGCGGCAGGUUUCACCGUACCUGGCGGUUACGGUAAUAACGAUGGCCCUGACGAAGGAACAGCAAUUUUAACUAGAAGAUCAGCCUUCAAAACUUUCCUUGUAACCGAUACCCUUGCGUUGGCCCUCUCCAUUUCUGUUGUGCUUAUCCACUUCUUAUUGGCAUUGCAACCAACCAACAGAAAGAUCUUUUUCCUAUUCACUUGGGCAUUUAUUUUCACUGUUGUUGCUAUGGAAUUAAUGAUGGUGGCGUUCAUGACAGGUGUGUAUGCAGUGAUGCCACAUUCCUCAUCAGGUCUUGCGGCUACCAUUUGUGCCAUCGGAAGUUGUUUUGCCUUAUUGUAUAUCUACCUACUCAAGUUUUGUUUGUUUGAUUAAGGAUUAUGUGAAAUUCUUGCUUAAACUAGGUAUAUUUAAGGUAGAAAUAUGUAAGACUUAUGUCUUGUGUUUAUAAUGAAUCGAAUUUAGGUGAGAAAAAUUCAAGAAUUAUAUAGAUUAAUAGAUAUUAGUAUUUGGACAA